AUGUGGCGGCUCGUGCGGGCGGGCGCGCGGGCCCCGCCGGCCGUGGCGGCUCUGGCGGCGGCGGGAGCGGGGCCGGGGCCGGGCGGGCACGGCGGCACCGAGGGCUGGUACGAGUGGGCGGCAGGGUCCCCGCCCGUGCACUGGGCCGAGGGCGGGCUGGCGGCGCUGCAGGAGGCCACCGGGCUGCCCUGCUGGGCCGCCAUCGCCGGCGGGGCCGCCUUGCUGCGCACCGCCGUGACCCUGCCCCUGGCCGCGCAGCAGGGGCGUCUGCUGGCUAAGCUGGAAAACCUGCAGCCUGAGAUUAAGGAGCUUGCCCAGCGCCUUCGCUAUGAAGUUUCAGUGCGUGGAAAGCAGCUGGGCUGGUCUGAAAAGGUGGCCAGGUCCCACUUUGCCCGGAACAUGCGGAGGAUUGUCACGGAGCUCUACGUCCGGGACAACUGCCACCCCUUCAAGGCCACGCUGCUGCUGUGGGUGCAGGUGCCCAUGUGGGUGUGCGUGUCCCUGGCUCUGCGCAACUGCAGCGUCGGUGCGCUGGGCUCUGAAGUGCAAGAACAGUUUUCCUCAGGUGGAGCACUGUGGUUCACAGACCUCACGGCGCCUGAUUCCACGUGGAUUUUGCCAGUGUUCCUGGGGCUGGUGAAUUUGCUGGUGGUGGAGAUCUUUGCUUCCCAAACAAAAAUGCCAGUUUCACGGAUCCAGAGACUUGUCACCAACUUCUUCCGUGCGGUGUCCGUGGUGAUGAUCCCUAUUGCUGCCACAGUGCCCUCUUCCAUGGCGCUCUACUGGCUGUCCUCGAGCCUGGUGGGGCUGUCCCACAACCUCCUGCUGCGCUCUCCCGCCUUCCGCCGCCUGUGCCGCAUCCCCAGGACCCCGUCCCACUCGGACACGCCCUACAGGGACAUGCUGGCUGCCUUGGCCACCAAGUACAGCUUCAGGAAACAGCACCUCUGAGCUCCAGGAGGAGCUGCCUCAGCAGUGAAUCAUGCUGUUCUAGUCAGAUGUACUUAUUUGCUGUAUAUUUAUUUUCCAAAUAAAAUGCUGGCUGGCCACGAGGAAGGACUGGUCAGCAAAAAUGUG